AUGACCAUAUAUUCCUCUGUCCUGUUUGGGGGACUUGUGGCCCUCAUUGGCACUUGCAGGGGCUCUUACCCUUUUGGUCACUCAGUGAACCCUCACAUGCAUCCCCACGUGUGCCGUGGCUGCUAUGGUGACAUCAUGACCAUGGAGCCUCCCGGUGCUGCCUGCGAUUUAAUCGGGUUGAUUAACUGUGGGACUCGUGGUUCUGAAAUGUUUGCUGAAAUGGAUUUGAGGGCCCUAAAGCCUUACCAGACUCUGAUCAAAGAAGUUGGGCUGAGGCACUGCGUGGACCCAGCUCUCAUUGCAGCCGUCAUCUCCUGAGAAAGCCCUGGUGGAGCCAGCCUGCAGGAUGGCUGGGACCACAGGGGACUGAAAUUUGGCCUGAUGCAGCUUGAUAAAAAAACUUACCACCCUGUUGGUUCCUGGGACGGCAAAGAACACCUUUGGCAGGCUGUUGGGAUUCUGACAGAAAGAAUCAAGGCAAUCCAAAGAAAAUUCCCCAUGUGGAGUGUGGCUCAACACCUCUAAGGUGGCCUCUUGGCCUUUAAAUCAGGAAUCGAAACCAUUGCCACCCUCACGGACAUAGAAUCUGAGUUGGUCAAUGAUACUCUGGCCCGAGCGAAAUUCUAUAAAGGACACGGCUUCUAG